AUGGCCUCCGAAAGGUCAUCUGGCCAGCAGAACCACAACUGGGGUCUGAACCCUGGGCAAGCUCUGGAGCCCCCAAGGCCUCGGCGAAUCUCCUCCCACAUCUCUGAAUCCACGAAGAACCAGUCUUACGUAAAUGUGCCUCAGGAUUCUGCCCCCAGGGACAGAUGGAUGCCCCCCACCACCAUCCUGCUCUGCAAGCCACAGAGCAGCCAGGCCGCCCUGGUGCCCAAGGAACACAAGACAUUCAUGGAGGAAGCCUACAGCGCAGCCAUCUGCUUCAAGACGCUCCGGGACCUGAACAGUUCAGACCCCCUCCACCUGAAGCACGUCAUCAAAAUCAAGAACGUGGCUCACGGGGACCCCAGUCUGGUGCUGGAAAAUCAUGACUACUUUGUAGACAACCUGGAUCUGGAGGAGGGCUACCGGGACGCGGCCAGCAACGUGCUGGUGGCCACCAGCAGGCACUGCUGGCGGCUGGUGGCCCAGCACCUGGAGACCGAGGUCCUGUCGGGCGUCCUCCCGCACCGCAGCCUCCUCUACGUGAUGGGCGUCCUGACCUCUAACGAGGAGAUCUUCAAGGAGAGAGAGAAGGCUUGCUGGGAAGAGCAGCUGGCCCAAAACUCGGAGGACAUGCGGUGGAGGUGGGCGAGCAUCAUCCUGGCCUGUGGCCAGAGGGCGGACAAGGCCAAGACCCGCAUCCUCCCGUGGGUGGACAACAUCUUGUCACGGAUGGUUUUCUUCUUCCACUACAACUCCUGGGACGAAACCCUGAAGCAGAGCUUCCUCAUGGCCAUCCUCAUGCUGGUGGGGGCUGUCAGCCACAACGAGGGCGCCCAAAGCUACGCGCUCUCCCAGGUCUCUGAGCUCUUCGAGUGUCUGAUGCUUCUGAUGGAGAAGGAGCCCCAGGACACGCUGUGCGCGUCGACUCGCCACCAGGCCAUCCACGUCACCUCCAGCCUCUGCACGUCGCUGGAGGCGCUGAAGAGCCUGCUGCCCGCCACCGGGCACUGGCAGGACUUCGCCCACCUGGAGCUGCAGGGAGCCUGACUCUUCGCCACCACCCACACCGACCCGCAGGGCAUGGGCCUCCUCGCCAGGGCCAUGGUGCAGAGCCGCUGCAAGCAAGUCGCGGCGCUGAUCACCCAGCUGCUACCCAGCCUGCAGAGCCAGGAGCAGCGGGGGAGGAAGGCAGCCAUCGUCCUCCUCACGGGGACCUGCUUCCUCUACAGCCCUGCCCUGCUGGAGGUGCUCCCCAAACAGGCCGCCCUGACCAUGCUGGCCCAAAGCCUCAGGGACCCCAGCCCUGAGGUCUGCGUGCGGAGCCUGUAGGUCCUGGGAAACAUCCUCUUCCACCCAGAGAAGGGACGCCUGCUCCGUGGACUGCUGCCGCCCUUCCUCGACGGCUUCUUCCACAGCAGCGAGCCGGUGGUGGUGCGCGUCAUGGGCACCGUGACGGACGUGCUGCACCGCCUGGGCGCACACAGCACAAAGGCCCAGAGCCUUGGCAUCGCCAUCAACGCCCACUCCUUCUCCAACGACGAGUGGGAUGGAGUCCAGGCAGCGGCCAUGGCACUGUUCGGGGAGCUGGUGGCGUCAAUGACAGGCAGAAAGCUAAGUGGCCUGAGAACCCAGGUGCACCAGAGCAUGGUGGCCCUGCUCCUGCACCUGAAGGACAGCUGCCGGGCCGUCGUCACAGUCAGUGCCUCCCGAUGGGCCUUCGCCUUGGCGGGGCUGGGGACCCACGGACCCUACCCCAGCCCGGGCCCUCCCCUGCGGUCCCCCCAGCAGGCCAAGCUCGCCUUCCACCUCGGUGCGGCUGCGGCACGCCCUCUCCUGCAUGCUGGCCUGGGGGGCGAGCCUCGGCGCCAGCCACUUCCUCUGGAGCUGCCUGGUUCAGGGCCGCCGCGGGGGAUGGGAGGGGAGGGGGGCCAGGAGCCGGGCUCCCCGGGGCUGGGGCUCCGGUCCAUGCUCUGCGGGCCCAGCCCUCUGGCCCCAGCGAGUGGCAGGCGUGCUCCCCAGAUGAGCCGCAGCCAGGAGGGGCUCAGCACCCCCUUGGCACAGGCCCUCGGCUGCCUGCACAGCCGCCGUCGGCACAUCGAGACCUGGGCAGCGCUCUUCGUGGGUUAUACCAUCUGCCACCACCCCCAGGCCGUGUCCCAGAUGGUCACGCGGGGCAGAGAGGGGGUGGGGAAGGGGACUUUUGAGGAUCUUAAGAAUGACCCAGAGCCCAGCAUCCAAGAACCUGCCACCAGGCAGUCCUCCUUCCUUCAGCAGGUGGCAGCCGGAGCACGCUGGCGUCCAGCCGUCCUCCCUCACCUUCCUGCUCACGCACCCCCAGCCCCGGGCCCACCGCGUCAGGCAGCCCUGCUCUGUCCACACAGCGCUCGGCUGCAUGACAUGUUUCCAUUUGAAAGAAAGAUCUAGAUUCAACAAAGAUGUGUCACACCUGUACGCUGCCUGCCCACCAUUCCGUGGGUCCCCCGGGGAACCAGGCAAGCCCCAGGGGACACUGGCAGGCCUGGGUGAGGCCGGGGAGACCGUGUCCCCCAGAGACAAACUGGGAAGUCUGUGCAGCGCCCUGCAAAUGACAACCCCUCCCCUCAUGGAGAUCAGGUGGGCUCCCCUUGGCAAGAGCCCAAGCCAUGGCCUGCCAGUGUCCUGGGCGCUGGGAGGGCACUCCCAGGGCAGCCUUGGCCCUCGGGGCUCACUGCUGAGUGCAGCCAUUCACCGAGGCACUCCAACGGCAUUCAGCUUGUCUCUGGUUUAGAGCUCCGUAGUCACGGGCAGUGCUGACGGUGGGCAAGAGGCCCCGUGGCUGGUCUCCCUCAGCUCCUGCGACUCAAGGUCUCUCUCCACCCCCAUCUCUAGCCUCCUGAAUCCAGUCAGGGCUGGCACCCGGGGUUGGCAGCGGAACCAGCCUGGCCCAGAGGCAGACCUUCCUGGUGGGCCUGGCCCAUCCUGGAUGAGCUGUGUGGCCUUAGGCGAGGGUCUCAGCUCUCUGAGUCUCAGCUGUCCCAUCUGUAAAAUGGGUAGUAAGACCUUCCUCCAAGACCCCUUGGAGGGCCGAGUCUAGAAAGGGUCCCCCGACUCCC